GCGGUACAUUUUUAACGUGUCAGAUGUGAUAUAGGCAUCAAACCGUGUGGAUGUCGCUAUGAAACGCCAUAAACACGGUCUUGGGUGGUUUGUACAUUUAAACCUGACUAAAUCUAUCGAUUUGUAGCGCGCGGGAGCUUUUAGAAAGACGUUAUGCUAAUACGUGCGGGCUACCGUUUGUUUUAAUGUAAGUCGCAUUAAUGUCCUCGUUUUAAUUUCCUUCACGGAUGUAAUAUGGAUGUUUAAAUUUAAAGCGUUGCAGUAAACGUCAAACAUUUACAGUACGUGCUUGCGCAGGAAGGAGCGUGUGCACCGGGGGUCUGUGUUCUCUGCGCUCGGUGGCCUGCAGAUAACCAGUAACAUGAGGACCGGCGGAGAAUGACGUCUCAUCCCGAGGGUUGUUACAGAAAGCCAGACAAAAUGAGCAAGGCAAACGGAUACGUGAUCGUUUAUUUGGUGUCCGCCAUUAGUUUCUGCGCCGCAGAGGCUUUGAACGUCUCGGCGGUGGAUGGAAACGGGACGGAGGCAGACGGAGGCGGCUCGGUUCCCCUGGUGCUCACCAAAGUAAGCCAGAUCAUCGCCCGCGAGGGGAACUGUGCUUUAAUCGACUGUAAUGUCACCGGCGACCCCUUUCCAAGCAUCCAGUGGUUCAACUCGCACGGACACCUGCUAGACACCAAGCAAAGUGAUGGUAAAUGGUGGACUCUGGAUAACGGCGUCCUAAACAUCACCAGCAUCACGUUCGCGGACCGCGGCAAAUACACCUGCGUGGCCUCCAACGCUCACGGCAAGGCCAACUGCACAGUGACGCUGCGCGUCGUCUUCACCAACGGAGAUAUGGGUGUGUACUACAUGGUGGUGUGUCUGGUGACCUUCACCAUCAUCAUGAUUCUGAACAUCACGCGCCUGUGCAUGAUGAGCAGCCAUCUGAAGAAAACCGAGAAGGCCAUCAACGAGUUCUUCCGCACAGAAGGCGCCGAAAAGCUCCAGAAGGCCUUUGAGAUCGCCAAGAGAAUUCCUAUCAUCACCUCGGCGAAAACGCUGGAGCUGGCGAAGGUCACGCAGUUCAAGACCAUGGAGUUCGCGCGCUACAUCGAGGAGUUGGCGCGUAGCAUACCGCUCCCGCCGCUCAUCAUGAACUGCCGCACCUUCAUGGAGGAGAUCCUCGAGGUGGUCGGCGUGGAGGAAAUGAGACACACUUUUGUCCGACAGGCCCCCGAGAGUCACGCCGGGGACGCCGCCGGCACGUCCGACGACGUUUUCACCAUCUUGCGCGAAAGGGAGCGGGCGAGGGAGAGGGAGCGCAGCGAUUCUCCCGCCGCGGACUCGGACGACGCGUCGCUUCACGAGCAGCCUCAACACAUAGCCAUUCAGGUCUCGGUUCAUCCGCCGCUAGCCGCUGCGGGAUGCUGCAACAUAGAAGCUCCUCCUCUCUCCAAAACGGCCUCCUCUCCGCCCCCAUUGGCUCAGCUGCCUCUGGAGGCGGAGUCUGAGGAGAGCGAAAACAAGGAGGAAUCGGUGCAAGGGGGUGGUGCUACACAGAAAACCCAAGUCAUCUACGAAAGCCAUGUGUGACGUCCUGAGGGAAGGAUAAGGACCUCGCUAUGCAUUUUCUUGGGGAACGAAAUAGGUCAAGAUUUUCUUUUUCUCAGAAGUUGCUUUCUGUUAGUCGUCUUCGGGAAGAUGAAGAAUGGCUGCAUUUGUGAUUUAGUUGAUCUCGCAAACCUCCGAUUUCUGGGUAAUGUUUCACCUUAAAAAAAAGAAAUUGUAUUUUUUGCAUAAAGAUAAAAAAUAAAAUAAAUAAAUAAAUAAAUAUAUAUAUAUAUAUAUAUAUAUAUAUAUAUAAAACUCCAAUUAAUUGGUACACAUCUUUAAAAGCAGAAACAAUUAUAUACAAAAGUAAUAAUAUUUGCAUUACUGUAUAUUUACAUUAGUAUUUUAUUUGUUUGCAUUAAAAUAAUGUAAUUUUGGAGGCAAAAUGUGCCUUAGAUUACAUCAAUUAUUAAUCAUCUUAAUUUUCUUCAUGCAAAAUGUCUAUAUUUAAAUUUUGGGGUAAAAUACAGCCCGGUCGUUUGUUUGUGAGACCGACCCGUUUAUUUCCCCUGACGAUGAAUAAUCACGCUGAAUGUAUUUUGGACGAAGUUCUCUCUUUAUUUCGAAAAUCCAGGUCUGCCCGCGAGUCCUCUUAUUCUCACGUUCAGCGGUCUCCAGAACAGUCCCGUCGGAUGUAGUCCACCAAUGAAGGGGAACGCUCGACUGAUUAAUGCGUUUGGCCGAAAGUGCGUUUCUUUGUUUUUCCCCAUUCGAUACAGAUCCAACCUUUAGUGAUGUGCUCAGUGAUCUCCUGAGAUCUCUUCUAAUGCAUGAAGAACGCAUGUCGAUCUGUUUUCAGCGCUGGACUCGGAGAGACGAAACCUUUUUUAGUUGUUUUGUUUUGCGUGAUCUUGUCCGCUACGUGUUAUUUAUCAUCUGUGUCGGGUAAAAACGCCAUCGACACUUGCAUUGUAGAAAUUUCAGUUUUCGGCAAUUUUAUUGAGUUUCCACUGGAGUCUUUAUACUGUUACUGUAAUGAUAGUAUUAUUACUUUACUAGUAGUACUAUAGUAUUACUUUUGACUGCAGCUGCGCAGGUAGGUUUUGUUCUUUCGAGUGUAUUUGUCUUUUUUUGAGGAUCCAGGAGAGCGUUCUUUAUAACGGAGCCCCGGUGAUCAUGUUUAAUCUCUUCCGAUGUCCCGGAAACGCUGGACACGCAUAGUUUUGCUUCUUAAAAAAAAAAGGCUCCCCUUUUAGUUUCAGUGCAAAGUUGGAGUUCUUCGAUGUAAAUCUAGCUUUAUUUGGGGCUAACCUAGCACUGCGGAUGUAGUUAGCGGGUUAAGCGCUAGUAAUCCCGAAUGUUCCUGGUCAGGAUUGUCGGAGGAAGCGAUGGCCAUGGUGCUCUUAAACGCUGUUUUCUAAGUAGUGAAAUAAAGCUGCUGUGUACCCAUGA